AUGGAAAUCUUACAGCAUGAUUGCGUUACAAAGCCAACCAGUAUCUUCACCUUGAUAGCUUUCCAAGGUGUCUAUGUUUUCUAUCUUCUUCAUUCAGAUUUUUCUGAAUACAUAAUAAAAAAGUUCUGCGAGGCUUUAAAAUUACAUUCAUUAGGCCUAAUCCCAGUGAAAGCACAUAAGAUUUAA